AUGACGGAUAAUAUGGUAGGAGCGCUCGUUGGUUCGACAGUAGCCAUGAUAUGUAUCACUACACUGGUUGUCUCGAUACGAAUGGCUGUUAGGACAAGUCUGAGAACUUACGGCCUCGAUGACGUUCUCAUUACCGCUAGCUGGGUUUUCGCGAUGGGCAUGUUCACUGCGACCAUGAUCUCGGCUCAUUCAGGACUUGGCAGGCAUCACCACGAUGUCAGUGUUUCAGAAUACGAGCAGUUCCUCAAAUUGACUAUCGCGACUUCGGCAACGUACAGCUACGGUCUGGCUCUCGCCAAAAUGUCCUUUGCUGUUCUCUACAUACGAAUGCUACCAGAUCGGAGACUCGUGGUGAUGAACAGGGCCAUAAUCCUCUUUCUUUGCGGUCAGGCCAUCGAAGAGAGCCUCAUCCCAAUAUUCCAAUGUAAACCGAUUGCGAAAGCCUGGACCGUGGGUAUGGAAGGGACUUGCCUUGACCUCCCGGUUCUAUGGUGGAGCGGCUUUGGAUUCAAUCUCUGCACCGACUUGAUCUUAUUCAUACAGCCAGUUCCUACUUUAUGGAAGUUGCAACUGCCGCUGGUCAAAAGACUUGGCCUCAUCGCCAUGUUGUCAUUGGGUUUAUUGGUUGUCGCUAUUUCUGUGAUUCGCAUGCACUCCGUCACCGAGAUGGGAAUUGACGACACACCUAGCAUCGACACGCUGCCACGAGCCAUCGAAACAAUUGGCCAAACGAGACGAAAACAACGACUCACGUCGGAGUAUGGCAGCGGCCAUGAAAGAUACUACUCUAUUGGGUCAGGUUCUACAGGCAGGACCCUGAGGUAUCCUUUGAGUGUAUUGAGUCGACCCGGGAAGGCUUCGUCCAAGGCAAGAGAGGCACCACAGGAGACGCUACGCACCAGUCUCACAGGCGACAUCAAUAGUAUUGCCAAUCUGCGAAAAUUUGAACUGGAGUUUGACUGCGACGUGGAGCGCAGUGCGGGAGAUACGGUCAACGUACCCGAAGAGACAUAUUUUCCAAUGGGAAAUUGA